AUGGCAAGCGCUUAUCACGAAGAGUCGGAUUUUCAGCUUGAAACUGGCCUAGAUUUAUUGGAUAUUCUGUCUCCUCAGUCUACUGCAGUUGUUCUUGAUAUAGGAUGUGGUACUGGUCGACUCUCUAAGAUACUUUCUGAUAGACUGGUUGAUGGUAGAGUGGUUGGAGUUGAUCCUGAUGAAGAGAGGAUAAAGAUAGCAAUGGAUGAAGGAAAGGGACGCACUAAUCUACAGUUUAUGGUAGGAUCAGAUCAAACCUUCCCUGAGGAUCAAUACGAUAUUGUUUUUUCAAAUGUUGUCAUUCACUGGAUUAAAGAUAAAAGAGAAACGUUUAAGAAAGUUUACGCUAAUCUCAAACCAGGAGGGAAAUUUGGUUUUACAACAAGUGCAAAAGGUGAUUCAGCUGCACUGCCUCAAUUAAUGGUAGAAGUACUUCAGUGCUGCAAGCCAGAAGGUGGUAUACAACUUGAUCCUACUUACUAUGAAACUGUUGAAGAUUACAGAUCAAUGGCUCUUGAAGCAGGAUUUCAAGUCUCUCUUGCAGAAAUAAAAGAUAUCAAUUAUGUGUUUAAAAGCAUUGAUUCCUAUAUUAAUUUCUUCUAUGGUGUGUUCAAGGGUCAGUUUGAUCGCCAGCAUCCAUCAUUGCUUGAAUGGAAGAAGAAUUACGAAGGAAAGACUAUACCGUUUGAUGUGAAGUGCCUGACGAUAGUACUCACUAAGCCACAAUAG